AUGGAGAACUCCAUUAACCCUACUGAUGAAGGAUUAGUGGAAUCUUUGGCAGAAGAGAAAUGGAGGGGAGAUGAGAUUCUUUGCCAAAUCAAUGGCUUUUGGCUCAUGCCUCAGUUCAUCCCUGCCAUCAAACGAGUUCUCACUCACUUCAAACCACUCCCCACUGAUAUAAUCUUGUCUUCUUUCCCCAAAACUGGCACUACAUGGCUUAAAUCUCUCCUUUACUCCAUCAUCAAUCGCUCUUCCAUUCAUUCCCUAGUCCAAAACAAUCCCCAUGAACUUGUCCCAUUUCUUGAAAUGCAUAUCUAUGGAGAAUGUGAACCAACAGGGAUUCCUAGUAGUACAGAUCCCAAUCUUGAUUCUCCCAGGAUCUUUAGCACACACAUUCCAUAUCAGUUACUAGGUAACACCCUGGAAUCCUCGGGUUGUCGUGUUGUUUAUGUCACGAGGAACCCGAAGGACACGUUGAUUUCGAUGUGGCAUUUUGUCAACAGAUGGAAGGGGGGAGCGGAGAAGCCGUGGCUGUUGGAUGAAGCCGUGGAGAAAUUCUGCGAUGGGGUUUUCCCUUGCGGGCCUUACUAUGAUCAUGUGUUGGGAUACAGAAAGGCGAGUUUGGGGAAUCCUAAGAAUGUGUUCUUCAUUACUUAUGAGGAGUUGAAGAGUGACGACGCUAAAACUCAUGUCCGGAGACUGGCUGAGUUUUUAGGUUGUCCUUUUGGAGAGGACGAGGAAGUAGAGGAGGUUGUCGAGACUUGCAGCUUUGAGGUUUUAAGCAGACAUGAAGUAAACAAGUCCGAGGAUUUGCCUUCGUGGUUUCCUGUCCCCUAUAAUUCCUUCUUCAGAAAAGCAUCUGUUGGUGAUCAUAAGAAUUAUCUUCAACCUGAAACUAUUCAGCUAAUUGAUGAACUCACAAGGGAGAAAUUUCACAAGUCUGAUUUUAUUUAUGGUAUUUAGUUAUAUAAACAUGCACUAUCAAUCUAUCAUAGGCAAAAACAAAAUCAAAAGUAGGCCAAGAAGAGAACAAAGUGAAAUUUGUAUGACAUUUGAUUGAUGAUGUUCCAGGCUACAUCCAUCACUCAGUGAUAUCCAAUAACUUGAACUAUCCUUUUUUUUUUGUUUCUUGAUGAUUAAUUUUCAAUACUCAUAUACUACAAAUAGUACAAGGAGCGAGCUCGGUUUCCUUCAAGCGAGGUGAAAUACCCGAGGGGCCGGGUAAUUCAUUCGAAAAAGAUGUCUAUGCCCACCAUGGG